AUUAUACUAUCAUUGGGAUUGACGGAAAAGAAAAAAAAAAUAGAUCAUUUGAUACAAUUUGGACUUAUUCGGUUUGAAAGUUCGGAUCCUGAUCAAGUUGGUGGUUAUCUAUUGUGUCCAUACAUUUGGUUAUGGAUUAUGGCUUAUGCAAACAAUUGGAAUAAAAAUGAUCCAUUAUUACGAAAUUGGGAUUUUGCUUACUAUAAAGAGGUAAUUAGCAUAAGUGGAGAAUCUAGUAUUCCGCCUGGCUGUCAAUACUGGCAACAUUUUGAAUAUUUUGUUGCACAAUUUCGCUCUCUAAAAUCACAUGUCUAUAAGGAUGGACAACAAGUUGAUCUUUGUACUAUUCAUAAUGGCGCAAGGUAUAACUUUGUCAAAAAUUCCAUGAUAUACAAUCGAAAUCUUACAUUAAUGCAUUCAGUUAGAAGAGUUAGCACCAAGUCUGAAGAUUAUAAUCAAGAUACAAAAAUUUUAUGUCAGGCUGAAGAAGUGAACAUUGCAGAAGCGAAACAUAUUGUGAUCAAUGCACCUAGUGCUAAAUAUUCUGAUAGCUUUUGUCCAAUAAAAAUGGUACAUACUGGUCAACUACAAAUGGAAACACAUCAAUGCAAAUUGGUAAAAGAUAGUAUUUCUCAACAAAAAUUUGACGAUGAAUAUAAAAAAGCAACAAGUCAAGGGGAUAUCUUUAUUUUAUAUACAUCAACAUCCUGCAAGGGACUUGAGCUUCGAAACCCAAUGUCUGCUAUUAUUAGCAAAGAAAAUUGGAAAGAAUAUUUUGGACCUUUUGCUGGGAGGUGCUAUAAUUAUGCCAUGGGACCACCAGAUAUUAAUAAAGCGACCUAUACUCAACUAACUGGGAUUGAGAAAAUUGGAAAAGAGCGUGCUAUUACUAUUAUGAAAGAACGAAAAAGACUCGAAUUCUCUAAUAAGGAAGAUUGUAGCAGGAGAACCAAAAUUCCGCGUCAAGAUCUUGAUCCCUUUUUUCA